AUAUAAACAAUUUAUUAAUGUAUAAAUAUAUAUAAAUAUUUACUAAUAUGCCUCCUGGUUAACAAGCUUAUUGAACCACUUGUCAAAUUGUAAAUGUAUGAGCGUGAGUAAGAAUUUUAAUCGUUAAGUUGAAACGUAUUUUCAACUAACCGGUAUGUCGGUGCCAAUGUGUUCAACGAAUGGUACAAGUGAUCUUUAUUUAUUAAAUCAGGAUUUAAUCAAUGCAGCACAAAUCGCUAUACAUUUAAAUAAUGAACUGCAUUCUCUACAUCAUAUCACACCAAAUAUUACAGCAUUACAUAAUUUCAAGUCGCAUAGUUUACCAUUAAUUGAACAAUACAUCACAUUACAUGGUGCUGCACACAUGUCUUAUUGUUCACGAGUUACAAGUUUUAAAUCGAAUUUUUAUUUACGUAAUAUUUUACAAACCUAUGUACAACCAUUUGUUAUAUUCUUUACAAUCAUUACAAAUUGUUUAAUCUCAAUUGUGCUGACUUAUCCAACUAUGCGUAAUUCAACAAAUAUUAUUCUAUUAGGCAUAGCAAUAUGUGAUUUAUUAACAGUUCUAUUACCAUUACCUGUAUAUUUAUGCUUUUUAACAAGUAAUUUAUUCUCAGAAAAUUUGACCAUUUUCAAAGGAUACAGUGUAACUUAUUUAACGACAAUUUUACCGACCGUAUGUCAUACAUCAUCAAUUUGGUUAACAGUGUUGCUAGCGCUACAACGUUUUAUCUAUGUACAAUUUCCAUUGAAAGCUAACCGAAUUUGUUUAUGUCAAUGGCGACCAGUUCAAGUGUUCAUUAUUUUAACUGUAACCGCUGGAUUAUUACUACAGCUGCCACAUAUGAUUGUAACACAUUUUAUUAAUGCUUUAGAAUAUUGUUUUCUAUCGUCCAGUUCAUUAUCAUCGACAACAAAAUCAUCUUCAUCUUCAUCAAUACCAGAAUAUUUAUUUGGCUCUGAAUUUAUUGCUUACAUUCUUAAUGAUUCACAUAAGAUUACUGAUUAUAAUUAUAUUAGAUUUCAAAAAAUUAAUUUAAUGAAAUGUACACCAAUGAGUCAAACAAUAUUUUUCACUUUAUUAAUAAUACGUGUAUUAAUUGUGAAUUUAAUACCGUGUAUUAUGUUAACUAUACUAACCGGUUUAUUAAUUAUGGCAUUACGACGUUUUAUACAGAAUCGACAAAAAUUAUUGAAAAUUAAAAAUGAUCAGUGUCCAAUAUCACUUUGUAAAAAUAGUGAAGCAAAUUUAGUCGGUAAUAAAGAACAUAAAGAAGAAAUUGGUAAAUUAGAUAAAUCACAACAAUCUAAUCAAAAAGAACAAAGUUGUUUGUUAAGUAGUGAAAUGAAGCAUUCAAUGAAUACACGUGCCAAUAAAGCGCCAAUCACAGUCUCUUUGACAUCGACGAAUAAUGGUUGUCGAAAAAAAUCCACACGUACUAAUUCAACUGACACAGAUUCAACAUCAAAAAUGAUGCUUGUUAUAUUGGGAAUCUUUUUAAUUACAGAAAUUCCGACCACUGUUUGUUUAUGUAUUUAUGCAUUUAUUACAUUGUUAGAUAUUCAUCCACCUUCAGCAUUUUAUCAAAUUGUUGAAAUCUGCAAUUUUCUGGUGAUUUUGUCCUAUCCAGCUAAUUUUUUUGUAUAUCUAGCUAUGUCAAGACAAUUCAAGAAUACAUUCUGGGAAAUAUUUAAUCAGAUACGUCGUAAACACAAUAGUUCUGCUGUUGAAUAAUCGAAAUGCCCGAAUUCCAGUAUCACCUAACAUAAUUUGGAUGUAGGAUAAAACAUCAGAACGAAAAUUGUUUAUUUCGUAUAUUUAUAAACCAUGAAAGAUGAGAUUUUAACAAAUAAACUAUAAAUAAAUAAAUGAAAAC